AUGGGAAACUUUUGUCAGAAGCACUGUGCCUGUUUGGAGCCCUACAUCCCGUGCUUAUUCUCGGGGAGAGACAGUGAGCAGGAUGAGAAAGUUGGCCAAGUCUUCGCCAACCUUGCUGUGGUAAGGCAUGACUUCCAAGCAGGACAGAAAGAUGGAGACAGUAGGAUAAAAGAGAAACCUUUACCUCCACUGCCUGGCCAGCAUCUGGUGAAUAUUUGCAGAUUUGUGGCACUCUUCGACUACGAGGCUCGCACUGAGGAGGACUUGAGCUUCCGAGCCGGGGAUAAGCUUGAAGUGCUGAAUGCAUCCCACGAGGGCUGGUGGUAUGCUAGACUCCUCCUGCCAACAGGGUCAGUCUGUCCUGGCCGCAAGCUCCAGGGCUACAUCCCUGCCAACUACAUAGCUGCUGACCAGAGCAUCGAAGCUGAGCCAUGGUUUUUUGGCCCAAUCAAACGAGCAGAUGCCGAGAGACAACUGUCAUACCCUGGAAACCAGGCAGGAGCCUUCCUAAUUCGAGAAAGUGAAAGUCUAAAAGGCGAAUACUCACUUUCAGUUUUUGAUGGCGUAUCUGUGAAGCACUACAGGAUCAGAAAGCUGGAUGAAGGAGGCUUUUUCCUAAGCAGAAGGAAAACUUUCAAAACUCUGAAUGAAUUUGUUGACUAUUACAGUAAGAAAAGUGAUGGCCUCUGCGUGGUGCUCGGAAAGCCAUGCCUAAAGGUACAAACUCCUACUACUUUUGAUUUGUCAUAUAAAACUGUCGAUCAGUGGGAGAUAGACCGACAAUCUCUGAAAUUGUUGAAAAAAUUAGGAUCUGGUCAGUUUGGUGAGGUAUGGGAAGGACUGUGGAAUAAUACCACCCCCGUGGCAAUCAAAACAUUAAAACCAGGUUCAAUGGAUCCAAAGGACUUUCUGAGGGAAGCACAAAUAAUGAAGAACUUGAGACAUCCAAAGCUUAUACAGCUUUAUGCUGUCUGUACUUUGGAGGACCCAGUUUAUAUUAUUACUGAGCUGAUGAGAUAUGGAAGUCUUCUAGAAUAUCUGCAAAAAGAUGGAGGCUCCCAGAUCUUCCUGACACAGCAAGUAGACAUGGCUGCUCAGGUGGCUUCCGGGAUGGCUUACCUUGAAUCUCAGAACUAUAUCCAUCGGGAUCUGGCAGCCAGGAAUGUUCUUGUUGGUGAACACAGUGUUUACAAAGUGGCAGACUUUGGACUUGCAAGAGUUUUUAAGGUAGAAAAUGAAAACAUAUAUGAAGCUAGGCCUGAAACAAAACUCCCAGUGAAAUGGACAGCCCCGGAGGCAAUCCGCUACAACAAAUUCAGCGUUAAGUCAGAUGUCUGGUCAUUUGGAAUACUUCUGUUUGAAAUAAUGACCUACGGGAAGAUGCCUUACGCUGGUAUGCCAGGCCACCAGGUGAUCCAGAUGCUGGACAAGGGGUACAGACUUCCUCAGCCACAGAACUGCCCGGCGCCGCUCUACCAGCUGAUGCUGCAGUGCUGGAACGCGGAGGCGGGCGGGCGGCCCACCUUCGAGGCCCUCUGCGAGGAGCUAGAGUGCUACUUCAAGACCGACUCCUCUUCCUACAGCUAG